AUGUCAUUCCCCGUGGAAAGUUCCGAUGGUUCAUCGUCGUUGUCUUCGGAUCUUCCGCUACCAAACGAAAUCUCUACGACCUGUUUUGCCUUGCUUCAAAGACGUUACCAUCCAGUAAUAUCUCUUGUCUCCAAACCCUUCAGCCGUUUGAUCGCAUCCCCUGAGCUUUACGCCGCACGCUCACUUCUCCACACCUCUGAAAAUGUUAUCUAUGUCGCCUUGAGACUCCGUCUUGAGCAAAACCCUUGUUGGUACUCCCUUAAUCUCAAACCUUUCAAAGACCAAUCUCUUCUGGUUCCCAUUCCUUCUUUCCCUUCUCUUCCAUAUUGGGGAUCUUCCGUGAUCGCUAUUGGUUAUGAAAUUUACGUCUUCGGUGGAUGCAUCGAUGGAGAGCUUACUUCUAAUGUCUCUGUGCUGGAUUGUCGGUUUCACACGUGUCAUGUACUCCCAAGCAUGCGUGUGGCACGUGGCUGUGCAGCCACGGGUGUUAUAGACGGGAAGGUAUAUGUGAUCGGAGGGUGCAAGGCGCGUUCAGUUGAUUGGAUCGAAAUGUUCGAUCUCGAGAAGAAAACUUGGGAGAGUGUUCCUGGUCCUUGUAACGAGGAGGUCAAUGAGAAAACGAUCAAGAGUUUUGUGAUGGACGAGAAGAUUUACGUUAUGGAUAAUAGCAAUAGCUUUGUCUAUGAUCCUAAAGAAAAUAAAUGGGAGGUUGAAACGGUGUUGAACGAAGGGUGGAGGGUUGGUUCUUGCGUACUCGACAACAUCUUGUACACUUUUGGGGACAAGAAUCAGAUAAAACUGUACGAUCCGAAUACAAAGGUUUGGAGAGUUUUGAAAGGUGUCGAAGAUCUACAUGAGAUUCGUUCUUGGUCUAGACUGGCGACUUAUGGCGGUAAACUCGCGGUGUUGAUUAACGUUGGUACCAAAGGGGUGACGGAGAUAAGUUGUACGGAGAUUGAAUUGGAAACUCGCGAAGGAGGAGAGGUUUGGGGGAAGAUUUUGUCGUCUGAUCGUGUGCUUAGUAUAGACGUUUCAUCCAAGAUUGUAAAAUGUGUAACCGUAACGGUCUGA